AUUGCAGUUACUGACCGCUUUGCCUCGCACAAGGGAAACGAAUACGCCACACCACCCCUUCCACUCUCACCUUCGGCAGCGAGCGGAGAGAGUGGAGGGAAGGUAGGCUGACUACUUUCUCUUUGUGCCUAAGCUAAACUGAAUGUAGUACAUUCAGUUACCAAGCUACAGCCCUGCAUGCGUCUGUGUGCGAACGGUGGUUACCGCCACAAUGAGACUAGGUUUUGCGGCCCUUGUUGCUGUCCUUUCUCUGACACUGUUUACUCUGGUGGAAACAACUCUGCAACCGAGGGCACCGAAUUUUCAGUAUUUUGAGAGGCCAAAGUAUCGAUACCCAUAUUAUGAUGAACAAGGAAGAGGACGUCUUUUGUAUGGAUAUGGAGGGUCAGACUUGUAUCAGUAUAAAGCCUAUUCCCCACUUGAAGGAAUUCAUUAAUUUAUGCUACAGAUUAUAUCAAUAAUGCAAGAAAUAAGUUGUGUGUUUAAGACAGAUAAUAGGCAUUAUGUUAAACCCAUAAUCACUAGUUUCUUUUCAAAAGUGUACUGUAGUUUGCUGCACAUACAGUAAUACUGCAAUCCAGGACAAUUGUAAAGAGACACGAUUUUCCAUUAUGCGUGUGCAACUGUCAGCAUUGUUUCUGCCAUGUGGACCUGAAUUUCGUUCUGUAUAUAAAUGUAAAUUACAAGCAUUUCUUGCACAAUUCUUACUAGACAAAUCAAAAUAAUUGUACCCUGCCCACACGCUUUCAUGUUGCAUCAAUAUUAUUUUUUAUAUUCACUUUACAGCUAUGUUAAAUUACUGGUCAGAAUAUAACUAGAAAAAAAUUGACAUAAUUUUGUAUGCAAUAUAUUAAAGAUUGAGACAGAAA